UUGUGAUUCGCCCAUCUGCGUUGGUUCUUUCCUAUAAUUUUGCCGAAAUACACACAUGUGAAAACUUUGAAAAAAAAAAAAAUUGAAAAAAUAAUCGGCAUUCAUUGUUGGAUUGUAUGAAGAAAGUUAAUUUUUUUAGGAUACUUUGAACAUUAUAUACGUAACAAUUUAAAAAUAUUUUCCGCACUAAAAACACUUGAAAGUAAGUUCAAACCAUGGAGUCUCUCGUCAAAUCAUUCUCUGGAUUAAAUCUUUUGUGUAAAUUUUUAAAAACUAGAACUCAAGUUGUGAUAAUACCUAAUCGAAAUAAGUUUAUACAUGCCCAUCCAAGAAAACGUCAUCCACCAUGGUUACCGAAACAACUUCGAGUACCUUAUAAUGAAGAGCUGACAGCAGAGAAUAGGGACUUUAUAAAAGAAGUGGUAGAAUCCAAAUAUGGAGAAAAAGAUCAUUUAAGUGGAUCAACUUCACCACUCAAAAUAGAACCUAUUGAACCACGUCAAGAAUGGACACCUACUUCACGAAGAUGUGGAUUAAUUGCUAAGAAAAUUGGUGUCUAUCCCAUGUGGUUAAAAGAUGGAUCAAGAGUUACAUCUACAUUAUUACAUAUUUGUGACAAUCAUGUCAUUAAAUAUAUUCCACCUGAAGAAUGGAACCCAAUGGUACGAAGUAAACACAACAUUCCUAAAAGAAAACUGGGAUGUCUAAUAAUUGGAGCAGAGAGUGCAGAUCCACAAAAGUUUACUAAAGAAUAUUGUGGGAUGUUCAUUGAGUCUGGAGUAAUGCCGACAAAUGCAAUAAGUAGAUUUGCUGUAUCGCCGGACGCAGCAAUACAGCCAGGAACACCUUUAUAUGCAGCUCAUUAUAAGCCAGGAGAUUAUAUAGACAUUCGAGGAAAAACAGUGGACCGUGGUUUUCAAGGAGUAAUGAAACGAUGGGGUUUUAAAGGUAUGCCGGCAACUCAUGGAGUAACAAAAACCCAUAGAAGACCAGGAAAUAUUGGAUCUGGAGGGGAAAAAGCGCGUGUUAUGCCAGGCACAAAAAUGCCCGGUCAUAUGGGAAAUCGGUAUCGAAUAAUUCGAGGAGUAAAGAUACUUCGAAUCAACUAUAAAUAUAACGUGAUGUGGGUUCAGGGUCAUAAUCUUCCUGGAGAAACAAAUAAUUGGAUAACCGUUUAUGAUACAUUAUUAUAUCAUAAAAGGUAUACGAAAACAGCGCCGGUUUUCCCUACUUUUUUCCCCGGUGAUACAGAACUUCCUGAAGAACUAUAUGCAGAUGAAGUACAUCAAUUUGGUGCUCCUACAAUAGAACUUGAACCAGAGAAAGAGAAAACGAAAAAGAAAUAAUGUAUCAAAGUAGAAAAAGUAAAUGUAAAAAAAUUGACAUAAAUAAAUUUAAUAAAAACAACAA